AUGGGAGGAACCGUAGUUGCGCGGGUUGAUGGCAUCGGGGUGGAUAUCUUCGAGCUUUUGACGGAGCGUUUGCAUCGCAAUCGACAGGCCUUCUUGACCGAGACUCGAUGGUCCGUUAACAUCCGAAGUUAUCGCCAGCCCACACCGCCAUUGGUUGAACAGUCAUUCCAAGGCAUCUUUACCAGCGGGUCAUACUCGCAUGAACGGCAGGACUCAGGAGACGAUGUGAAUGAGAGCGGUAGUCGUUCUAGACAACGCAUAAUGUACACAGUUCGCAAUUCGGCUGGCCCCGACGGAUUGGUAGCAAUGGUAGAGGAUGUCAAUGCACCUACUCGGUCAAGUUGGAGGACUAGGCUGAAGGAAAGAGAAAUCGAGAUGAAGAAACGCAAGGCUAAGCGGCUUAUUCCUUCCGAUGGCUCUCUGAAUGUUCAACUUCCAGAUAGCAAUGCUGCUGUCAUCUCACAUAGCACUGAAGCUUCUAACCUGAUGAGUGUCGUCAAAGAUCCCUUGGGACAAACGACUUCGGUAUCUGCUCAAAACCCCACCGUCAACAUUUCGACAGACAUCGACAGCUCCAUUGCACCUGCCCACGAGGCACUUCUUGAAGAUGACGAUAGCUUCCUUGAUCUACCGCCAGAGCCCCCGAGACAUUUUCGAAUAUCCUUAGCCUGCUUCCCGGAGUCUUUCGAACAUUUACUUUCAAAUACUCUUAUAAGUGCACAGGGUCCACCUGGCCCGGCGCUUUGGGUUCCUCGGUCCCACGCAACUCUCAUCAACGGUGUCAUAUGGGGUUUGUAUUCGACCCCUAUCAACUUGAACAACGUAAAACACGAUGAAGAUUCGCCAUCUUUCGCAAGCCAGAUGAAACCCGACUAUUGGAUAAGAAUAGGGAAGCUAACUACCAAGGGUACUAGCAAUUCUAGCACGAGUCUACCUUGGAUAAUUCUUGAGGCCAAUUGA